AUGGACCUGAUUCCAAAAUUUUCAUGGGCACUGCUGGCAACCUUCCUAGGACUCCUCUACCUUUAUGGGACCUCUUCUCAUGGACUUUUUAAGAAGCUAGGGAUUCCUGGACCCAAACCUCUGCCUUUUGUUGGGACAAUGCUUAACUAUAGGAGGGGAAUAGUGAAAUAUGAUAUAGAAUGCCAUGAAAAGUAUGGAGAUCUGUGGGGGCUAUAUAAUGGGCUGCUCCCUGUGCUGGUUAUCACAGAACCAGAUAUGAUCAAGAAUGUGCUAGUAAAAGAAUUUUAUUCUGUCUUCACAAAUCGACAUCCUUUUGGUCCAUCUGGAAUAAUGAAAAAAAGUAUAACAAGAUCUGAGAAUGAAGAAUGGAAAAGAAUUCGAUCAUUGCUGACACCAACCUUUAGUAGUGGAAAACUGAAGGAGAUGUUCCCCAUUAUCCAAGAAUAUGGAGACGCGCUGGUAAAAAACCUGAGUCAGGAAAUAGAGAAGGGCAAGAAUGUUACCAUGAAAGACAUCUUUGGGGCCUACAGCAUGGAUGUGACCACUAGUACCUUAUUUGGAGUGAAAGUGGAUUCCCUCAACAACCCCCAGGAUCCCUUUGUGAAAAACACCAGAAAGCUUUUUACAUUUGACUUUUUCAGUCCAUUGGGUUUUUCUACAGUACUCUUUCCAUUCCUUUCCAGAAUAUAUAACAAACUAAACAUCUGCAUGUUUCCAAGUGAUGCUAUGUCAUUUUUUAAGAAAUUUAUAGAAAAAAACAGAAAAUAUCGGCUUGAAAAUACCCAAGAGCACCGAGUGGAUUUUCUUCAGCUGAUGAUGAACUCCCAGAAUUCCAAAGACACGGAGUCUCAUAAACCUCUUUCUGAUCUGGAGAUCCUGGCCCAAUCAAUCACAUUUAUUUUUGCUGGCUAUGACACAACAAGCACUACUCUUUCCUUUAUUACAUAUUUACUGGCAAUUCACCCCCAUGUUCAGAAGAAACUGCAGCAAGAGAUUGAUGCAGUCCUGCCUAAUAAG